UGCUUACAGUUUGGCUGGACAGGUGCCUCAGUUUUGCUGGCAGCCAUGAGGAUCCUACCAAUUGUGAUUCUGACCUUGAUGGCGGUCCAUUACGGCUGCGGCAAGAAGCAGGGCAAGAAGGCCAAGGACAAGGGUCCUUGUGGUAAGCCCUAUCUCAAGGAGCUGAACGGAAAGUGCUUCUACGUGGGCGCCAAGAAGAUCAACUGGUUCGGGGCCCAGAACAACUGCCUGCGCAAGGGCCUCAACCUGGCCGACGUGUCCACCGUGGAGGACUUCAACGCGGUGGUCCACUACAUGAAGUCGCAGGUGGGAUUCGACGACUUCUGGUUCGGCGGCAACGACCUGCAGUCGGAGGGCCGCUUCAAGUACAUCAGCAACGGGAAGCUGGUGCGCUACAUGGGCGUCUCCCCCAUAGUGGAGCCGACGGAGCGCUCCAACCUGGACGACUGCCUGGAGAUCCGAGUCCGGCCCAACGUCACCGUCGUCCUGGACGUGAACUGCCAGGAGAAGAAGUACUUCAUCUGCGAGCAGAACCAGCUCAAGUGCGCGGUGCCCACGGCGGACAGCGGGGAUGGCCAGAAGCACAGCCACGAGCACUUGCAUCACUUCCACCACGACGCCGGCCAGAAGGAGAAGCAGGAAGGAGAAGCGGGGAUCAAAGAGCAAAGUGUGGAGAGCGAUUCACGGCCAGCUGACAAUUCGAAUUCAACGGAAAUCGGGGACUCGGAGGAGAAGAAGACGGAGGGCGCGCCGCCUGGAGGUGAUGGUGGUGGCACCACGGAGCCGCUGUCCGAGAACGGCCUGGGAAACUCGGGGGCCACCAAUGCCGAGGAGGCCCAGACGGUGCCGCCAGGCGGGGGCGCGGGUGCCUCCACGGCGGCAGAGGGCACUGGAGCAGCCACGCCCGCCCCGGAUGCGGCCGCUCCGGCGACAGGUGCACCAGCGGAAGGAGCUCCAGCCGCCGAGGCCGCCACUCCUGCACCGGCAGCUCCGGAAGGCGAGGCCACACCAGCACCUGCUCCGCCGGCCUGAUCGCACUAACCCACCGACCGGGCGGACCAAUGGACAUCUAGGGAAUCGAGGAAUGUUUGAGCUUUCACCAAAUAAAUUUGAGUUUUAAUUUGA